UAAAUUCCGCUUUUAGAUCGGUUAAGCCGUAACGUCGUAAAACGUUUUUGCAAAGUUCACUGACGAACUUAAUUCCAAACCCCAACCGAUUUAAAAAACACAAAUUCCAGUUAACAACCGCACUGCGAUUCAUGAAAACCCCCACCGGAACUCGACCUUCUCCGUCCACCGGACACGAAGACGGCUGGUCCGACGAGGCCACGUUCACACUCAUCGACGUCUGGGGCAAACUUUACAAGAAGCUUAACCAAAAAAAUUUCCUUCAGUCUCACUGGAAGGAGGUCGCAAAAGCCGUUAACAACCAUCACGGCCACGACAGAAAAACGCGCCGCACUUACGUUCAGUGCAAAAGCCGAAUCAACACGCUCAAGAAGAAGUAUACGACCGAGAAGGCUAGGGUUUCUGAUUCCAGCGGUUACGAUAAUGUAUGGCCGUUUUUCGAGAAACUUGAUUCGUUCAUUGGAGAUAAUUUACCGCCGAAGAAUCUCUCUUCGCCGUUUGAUCCUCCCGUUGAGGUUCCGUCAUGGGUGCUCGCGCCGGUCGGUCGUCGAUCUGGCACUCAGAGUCAAAGCAGUCAGAAACAACCCGUGCCAGCGACAUCGUCCUCUUUCAAGAGCUUGGAUGAAUCACGUUUUUGCAGGAAUUUAGCUGCCUUUGCGGCUGCUGCAGCCGCGGAAGCAGAGAUUGAUGAUUCGAAUUCGGAUAAUUCAGAUUCGGAUGUGUUGGAGUUGAGCAAUGAGAGCAAGAAGAGGAAGAGAGGAAGAAAUGAUAAUUCAGAUUCAGAAGAGUUGGAGUUGAGCAAUGACAUAGAGGUUGCAAGUGCUACAGAGAACUUUAGUGAGAUACAUGAGAGAGUGGACUCAUCAAAGCAGAGAAAAAGUGUGGCUUUGGAGAAACAGAAGAUGCAAUUUUCAAAGGAUUCUCAGAGGAUGCAGCUUCCGAAAAGCAACAACUCAAAACACAUGGAUGAUCUGUCACAUCCUUCCCGAAGUGGGCUGGAUACUCAGUCUACCAAUAGAAAGGGUAAACGUGGUGCCACACUAAUGAAAAAGUUAGCACUUGACCGUACUGAUGGACAAAGGAUAUCGAUUGAAUUUGAUCAAUCAAUUGGAAAACCGUUAGGGGAAAACAAGCACAAGUUCAAGAGUUAUGUGGGUUUCCUUGGUCGAAGCAAAGUCAGUAUUUUGACGGAGGAUUGGGAUUCUGUAGAUGAGGACGUGAAGAACGACAUUUGGACAUCCAUCCUGGAAGUAUGGGAUGUUCCUAAUUCUGAGUUCUUGCGAAAGAAAUGGAUUUCAUAUGCAGGAGAACGUUGGAGGGCAUUUAAGAAUACUUUGACUUCUAGAUAUAUACAUGGGGAUCUUAGUGAUGAAUCUCCUCUUGAGGUCUAUAAUUUUCUUAACGAAGAAAUAUGGCAGGCGUUUGUUCAAAUGCGGCUGGACCCUUCCUUUCAGGAGAAAAGAAAGAAAGCGCAAAUGGUCUCGGCCCAUAAUAAACACCCUCAUAGAUUGUCUCGUGGAGGGUAUGAGUUGCUCCAGGAGAAGAUGAUUCAAGAGAAAUUAAAAGAAAAACAAGAAUCAUUGGGAGAUUCAGUAGUUGCACCUCCAUCUCCACCAGCACGCCACGAGCAAUGGAAGAGAGCCCGACAAAAGCCAUCAGGAGAUUACAUAACAGAGGACACACGCAUUGUUGCUGAGAAAAUUGAUUCUCUAGUUGAAAAAACAUCUCAAGGAGCUUUUGUUCCACAAGGACGUAAAGAUAUUUUGGUAGAAGCCCUUGGCCAACCUGAGCACCCUGGCCGUGUUCGUGGUGUUGGUCGAGGUGUCGGUAUUCUGCAAUACUUUGGACCACAUUCACGUAAUGCCUCCACCCCGCCUGUUAUUAGUAGCAAACAAAUAGAGGCCAUAAAAAUGGAGCUCACUCAACAGAUUAAAGAGGAAUUGAUGCAAGAUCUGACAUCUAUGGGUUUCUCUAAGAAUUUCCCAACUUGUCCUCCUAAUACCGUUGUACCUGGGAGCCCGAAGAAUAGUCACUCUACUGUGCUGUCUAUACCAGAAGAGGAUGAAAUCCCAGAACAAUGUGAACUGUAUGUUGAUAAUUUAAUUCAUGCCGUGGCAUAUGGUACUGUUUACAAGUUAGGACCCACCAUACAUAAGCAAUUGCUUGAAAAGGAUUCGGUGAGGGUGGUGGUUAACGAGGUCCUAGAUGCAAACGCUCAGGUGCCUAUACCCACUGAUGAGGUGGAAACGGUUGGGCAUGCCCUUAACAAUUUCAUUCAAUGGCCGACAAGACUUGUGCAAAUUGUUUCUGAUAAGGAUGUUGAUGGAUCUGGGAAUGAGGACGUCUCACCCAAAAGGCUGGACCCUCAAUUAGAUUCUGUUCAACAAUUGGUUUUAAAGGCGAUGGGUAUGUCAGAAUCUAUAAAGCUCGAAUUAGAACACGAUAGAAUGAAGUUUCUUUGGCUCUCACAAAGAGAUAUUAUAGAGUUGUGUAUGGGUAAACAAGAGUUAUCCAUAACUAUUUUACGAUUGUGGUUAACGUAUUUGAAUCGCCUUUCUAUUAAUGUGGGUAAGGGUGACUUGUAUGGGUUUAUUGAUCCAUGUUUUAUUCAAAAUCAACACAAUCCAUCUAAAGCUGAAGCCUACAUACAGAAUAAGUUUUACAAUGAUAAAAAAGAGUGUUACCUAGCUCCGUAUCACAGCAAUCGUCAUUGGCAAUUGCUCAUUAUUUGUCCUAAGAAGAAUCAUGUAGUAUUCCUAUGUUCUUUGGAAAGAAAGCCGGAUAAAAAUAUUAUUCACACUGUAGAUUCAGCUUUGGAGGGAUAUCUUAAGCUGCAAGGAGUUCAAAAUAAGAAGCCAGUAUGGACUGUUCCAGUUUGUCAAAGACAACCUGACAAUUACAAGUGCGGCUACUAUAUUAUGAUACAUAUGUUGAACAUUGUAUCUAAUGGUAUUAUUGAUCCAUGGAAAAAGAAGUUAUUUGGAAAUCCAGAACCAUUCCAUGAAGAUGAACUUAUAAACGUCCGACAACGUUGCGCAAGUUUUAUUCUUGAGUACAUUAUAUGAAUUAAAAAUUUGUCUCUUCACUAUUUUGUUAACAGAGUGGAGUAUGCUUUAGUUGACACUUGACUAUUUUGUUACUGUUUUGAGUUGUGAAUGGUAGUACUCGAAAAACAGAUUUCGAUCUGAUGGAUUUCAGGCCAUUUGAAGGAUAUGUGGCACUGGUCCUGUGAUAAACGAUGCCUUACAAAAAAGGGAGAAGAAAAGAUCUGUAUCAUGGAAAAGUUAAGUUAUACAGGAAAAUUUAGAACAAGAAAAAUUGUGUGUGGAAAAGAAGAAGAAACAAUUUUGAUGUUUACAAUGACUAAUAUUCUGAGAUUUUAUUUCGAGAUCAAUGAAGUAAUAUAUAGUGUUCAUUUGCGAGUGUUCCAUGUAAUCUUGGUGUUGUUGUAUUAAAUAGUAAGUUAUAGUAUGAGUCUGAUUUCAAUUUAAAAUGUCAUUUAGUUUUGAUUUCAAUUUGUCAUGCUUAACCUAUGUUAAACUCGGGUCCUGGACAUUUCCAUUUCAAUUAUGACAAUUGCAUAAUUUGUUUACUCCAUUUAUUAUUUAAAAA